AUGGCCAAAUGGGAGCUGGCCAGGGAUAAGCUUGUUGAGCUGUUUGGCAGCACUCGAGAUGAAUGGAUGGCCGAAGAUCUUCAGGGUUGGCUGGCGCCUAACAGGAUGUACGAUGGGCUCCCAGAGGCUCUGAAAGCUGCAGUUGAGCACAAAGAAGUAUACAUUGUCACAACAAAACAGGCCCGUUUCACGGCAACACUAUUGCAAGAAAUGGCAGGGUUUGAGUUCCCACUUGAGAAGAUAUUCUCCACAACUGUGUCUGGGCAACCAAAGACAGAGGUCUUGGAAAACCUGGAAGGAGCCCACCCUGGAAUGAAUUAUAUGUUUAUUGAGGACAAGUUGGCCACGCUUCAGAAGGUGUGUGCUGAUUCGAAACUCAACCGCUGGCAGCUGCUGUUCGCUGACUGGGGCUACAAUACACUGCCACAAAGAAACAUUGCCAGCGCAGAUUCCCGCAUGCGGCUUGUGUCUCUGCAAGAAUUCGCAAGCAUGUUGGCCGAAUAA